AGGUCGAAGCAAAGCGCACUAACCUUGAAAUUAACCAACCAUAGCUCUAUGGAUGAAAUAGUAGCUUCGCCCUUUUCCUCUUCCUCUUCUUCAUCACCUUCUUCAACCCCAAGAACAAUAAUGAAACAUGAUGUUUUCUUGAGUUUCAGAGGCCAAGACACGCGUAACAACUUCACCGGCCAUCUUUAUUAUGAAUUGCACCACCAAGGAAUUCGAGCUUUCAUCUCACCCUCACUUUCUUCAGCAAUCCAACAGUCUCUAAUUUCCAUCGUUGUAUUCUCAUAGAACUAUGCAUCUUCCUCAUGGUGUUUGGAUGAACUUGUCUUGAUCAUGGAAUAUCAAGAAUCGUUCAGACAAUUGGUGUGGCCAAUCUUUUUCAAUGUAGAGCCGUCCCAUGUAAGAAAUCUGACGGGCAGUUUUGGACAAGCAUUAGCCAUCUUUGAAGCUGAUUCAACUGGAAAGUACAAGGAAAAACUGCCCAAAUGGAAGACUGUUUUGAACAUAGCUGGCAAUCUAUCUGAAUGGCAUAUAGCCAGCUGCGACGGGGAUGAAUCUCAUCGUGUAAUCCAAAAAGUUGUUGAAGCAUCAGUAUGCAAAUUGAAACCUGCUGUACCUCUUCUGAUGGACAUGUACCCUUUUGGAAUUAGAGACCGUCUACAGGUUGUUGAUUUGGGGUCGAUAAAUAAUGCUGGAAACUAUGAUUUAGAAAUGUUGGAAAUUUAUGGAAUUGUUGUUAUUGGCAAAAGUAGCAGUGCUAAAGCUGUUGUGAAUAAAUUUGCUAAUGAGUUCCAAAUCUCCAACUUCCUUGCAAAUGAUGGGGAAACAUCAAAGCAAUACUGUGGUGGCCUGCAGGUUCAUAAACCCAAAAGUGGUGCUAAUCAGGUGCUUCAUGGUUUGAACCAGUACUCACGGAACAUUAACGUUUCUCAAGCCAGCAGUGGAAAAGAUAGGCACAGAAAAGUCUUGACCGGAAAAGGGUUAAGGGACAGAAGAGUUAGGUUGGGUUUUGAUCAACCUAGCAAAGCUGUGGAACGGCUGAUUAGAGCGGCUUUAGAUGCCAUGUAUGAGCUUCCUUCUCAGCCCACUUGUUCAUUUCCUGAUGCAACCGAGCAGCUGACUGACAAUAAGAGACCAAGUGCGGAAUUGAAAUUGAUAGACUUGUGUGACGAUUCUGUUUCGAAGGUUACGCGUGAAUGA